CGUCCACAGGUAACGACUUCCGUUGUUUUGAGGAGCGUGGCGGGUAACAUACCAUUAGCUUUUCAAAUUGACAUCAAACGUACGAAAGAAACCCGUUCAGAUUUCCUCCUUUUGCAAAUAGUCAAUGGUCAAACUCACGCAUUCUUUCAAUCCUUUUUUCGGAUUGAUCGACUAACAGAAUGCCGUUCGGUAGCUUGCCCUAAUGACGUGUUAAUGGCACCAACAGCGUCAGUAACUGUAUAUAGCGGACAAAUCAGGAGGCUGAACAAUCGUAUCUGGUACACAGUUCAGAGUGCAUGCAAGGCCUUGGCUAAACUGGCCAGAGGUGUUACCACCAACUACAUAGACAUCAGUCUACAACCCCACGGGACAUAUCUAGAACUGCAAGCAGCUGAUUCACACCAGAGACCGUGUCACGUUGAUGUUAUCAGUACUGGUUUACGGCACUAUAUGUUGACAGAUCUACAUGCAGUGGACAAACAUCCGUGCUUCAUUAUCCUCCAGCAGAUUUAUCCGCAUGUAUCCUGGAUAAUGGUCCUCUGUGGCACGGAAAACUCGUAUGAAAUCCCGUUCGACCUAAAUCCCGCUUCAGAGUACAAACUGGAACUCUUUAAGGUCACGAGACACGACAAUGACGUGUAUACUGGAAAUUUACACUCAGCCGUAUCAACGUUUACCACACGUAGGUUUCACGUGAAUAUUACAUGGUGUAUUUGA